AGAGAAUAACUCCUCUCAAGUUUCCGAACCUGAGUCAGAAAAGGACGCAACAGUCGACGUCAAUGUUCGUGACGGCAAAAUCGACGAGACCGGUCCACGAGCGUGUCUCGUGGUCGUGUCCCUCUUCAUUAUUGGAUUGUUGGAAUUUGGCAUCACCAAAGGUUUUGGCGUCCUGGUCGAUGAACUCGUAUUCCAAUUUGAAACUGAGAUUGCUACUAUUGGCUUCAUACUUGGUCUCUCUCAUGGCAUGUCCUACCUAUUAGCUCCUUUCACGGCACCAUUAUCAAAUCGACAGGCGAUAAUUAGACCAAUGAUGAUGUUUGGAAGUGCCGUCAUGGGCGUGGCAAUCUCUCUUGCUUCCCUUGCUUCCGGUGUAGUAGGAUUUUCUAUCGCCAUGUUUACUUCAGGGGCUGGAUAUGCUUUGGUCUCGCUACCUUCUAUUGUUGUCUGCAAUCGUUAUUUUAGCAAACACUUCGGGGUUGUUGUAGGGAUCACUGAAAGCGGUUCUGCCCUGAGUCUGGUCUUUCCUCUGAUGACCAAAAUGUUACUGGAUGCUACUGGUUUGAAGGGAACCAUCCUCUUACUAGGAGGGUUGUCUUUGAACAUGGUUGUUUGUACGGCUUUCCUUCGUGACCCAAGGACCCAGAGGAAGAAUGGACGCCGUGACAAGACAAUAGGCCAACCGAGGGGAACAACCUGUCCAAACGACGCCGACGACCGUGACGCCGAAAACGAGUGUCAGUUGGACAUGCUGAGUGACAGCCUGAGUUCCGGUGAGGAUGAGAAAGAACAGCGCUCGUCUGAAUGCGGAUGUCCUCAAGAAGACUCAACAUUACUCUAUCGACAGAAAAUUACUCACGAUCGCGCAGGGAAUGAUGGCGAGUUGAUACAAAGUAACGUAGCUAUGCAACCGACCUCUGCAAGGAUUGUUAAUGGACAGAUCGACUCGUUUCAAUUUGAAUCACAAAUUUAUGUAAGAACCGAGCGAACGUUCACUGAAAUUCUUAUGAGUCCGUUCCAGUGGCUUUGGCGUUUCCUCGACUUCUCCCUUUGUCGCGACGAACCAUUCCUGAAUUUCAUAUAUCUAUCCACCUUCCUUUUUUCUAUGGUUCAUUCAGCCUGGUACAUAUUUUUUGUUGCUCAUGCCUUGGCCAAAGGGAUAACACUUUCGAAUGCCGUUCUGAUCAAUCUAGUCAGUGGGAUUGGUGAAGGGAUUGGUGCUUUCCUACAAGGACCCGUUACAGAUAGAGGAUGGAUGACGCCACGGGGAAUGUUCAUGAUGUUCUCUUUAAUAAACAGUGUUGUUUUAUUCCUUGACCCUCUACUAUCAAAUACUAUGCUUCUGACAAUAGCGGGGUUCACCAACGGCCUUUUCCUUGGCGGCAGCUUAACAUUAACGUCAGUUAUGCUAAAGGAUACCGUAUCCGAAGAUCGAUUUUCGACAUCCUACGGCUUGAGUAGUCUGACAUAUGGGCUUGCAGGACCUACUGGUGGCCUUGUUGCAGGAUGGAUAGCAUCAGUAGCUGAUUAUGAAGUGACAUUUGUUUUUCUUGGAGGGUUGAAUGUUGCUGCUCUACUAACAAUGAUUCCUGCUUAUUACCACUACGACACCAAGCCUAAACACCGAGAAAGAGGAGGUCAAAAUGACGGAAGAGAAACACCAAUCUAACACCUUCCAUGUUCUUAUUAUCAUUAUUAUGUACAACGAUUCCAGCUUAUAACCACUAUAUGGCAACAAUAUGAAACACCGAAGAGAUCAAAUGAUGACAGAGAAACACCAAUCUAACACUUUCCUUGUUUUUACAGUCACGUGCAAUGAUAAUCUGAAACACCAUAUCAAUGGUGGUAUUUAAGUGUGCGGCCCUUAAAACCCCCUUUCAUGCCUUGCCGGCAUUGCAGUUCCCAAACAUAUAAUUUUCACCCUUUUUUA